CUGGAACUGGCAUGGUUGGAAAGCCCAUCUGAUCUCAAGAAGCAACUGUUUGUCGAGUUCGACGGUGAACAGGGUAUUGACGAAGGUGGACUCAGCAAAGAGUUCUUCCAGCUCAUCAUUCAGCGCAUUUUCAAUCCCGACUACGGAAUGUUCAUAUUUGACGACGAAACCCAAACAUUUUGGUUCAACCCAUCGCCGAUGGAGGAUCUGGAUCGAGAGUACUGUCUCAUCGGCACAAUACUCGGUCUAGCUAUUUACAAUCACAUCAUCCUUGAUAUCCACUUUCCGUCUGUGCUGUACAGGAAAUUAGUGGGCAAACUAGGCAACUUUGAAGAUCUGAAGGAGGGCUGGCCCAUGCUAGCUCAUGGUCUGCAAGAAAUGCUCAACUACGAGGAGGAUGACUUUGAGGAAGUCUUCUGCUCCAACUUUGUCAUCUCACGGAAGGACAUGUUUGGCAAUAUGGUGACUGAGGAGCUGGUUCCUGGUGGCAUUUCCAAACCAGUCACAAAGGCCAACCGCCAGGUAGGUGAAUCUGCAUCAAUCAUUAACUCCCUACCCCCAUCCCCCAGUUAUUGGAAUUCUUCUCAGUGGUUUGGUUAUGACACCCAUGUAACUAUCGCUACAUACGCAGGGGUUAAGUAA